CACACUUGAAGCUUCAUGUCUAAAAGAAGGGUUUAUAUAUUUGACGUGGUUCAAUUUCUUCAUUAAACUGUUAAAUAACAUUACAAUUGCAUGUUUUCUUGUUAUUUUGGUAUGAACUAUGAAAUAGUAAUUUUAUUUGGGUAUUGAAUGAUUUUGGAAAUGAAUUCCUGGACCUGAUUUUGUAUUUGAUCAUUCUUUCUUACUUCUUCUUUUUGGAUUUUCGACAGUUUCGUUCUAAUAACUAAUUUAAAUCUGUCCAUGCUUUCUAGAUGUGUGUUAUUGACGCUUUGAUCUUUCCGGAUCUUGUAAACCGAGGAAACUUAUCGUUUCUUGGAAGUAGAACGUUGACUUUUGUUUCUCAGUUUUUUGGGAUUUGGUUAUCGAGACGAGGUCAAUUGCGUUUCUGCGAAGGCAAGUUUUUUCUUUGAUGACGGAGCUAGCUUAGCUACUGUUCCCCAUUUGUGUUUAUUGUCUCAUAUUUGGAAUGAUAGAGAACGGGCAUAAGGUUCAGGGGGUAGGGUUCUGAGAGUUUUGGAGAUGACGACUAUUGGUAGACGCAAGUGAUCAUGUAGUAUUGGUAAGACUGCACUUCUCAAUGAUGAUUUUGGAAAAGGAUCAGAUAGCAGAAUGACAAUUGGGAGGGUGAUCGGAGAAACAUCUCUUCAACGGGAUUUCAAGGAUUUGAGUGUGUCAAAAAGCCUUGUAAGAACUGUUAGUCAGAGGUGGAGUAAAAAAAGUCAUAGAGGAGAAGGUGAGGAAGAUGGAAACCAGAGAAGCGUCUUUUCAGGAUGCCUUGGCUUGUAUGGAAGGGGUGGCGGCUGCAAAGUAUGUGCUGACAUGAGCGAAGAGCUUGGGGAUGGAGUUGCCAGAAAGAGGUCGAAUUCUGGUGAUGAAUGGAAAGGAUACCAACCAAUCUGUGGUACCGAAGAAACUAGAGUUGAUUGUUUUUCAUAUAGGGUGUCAGAGAGGUUGUGGAAGAGAAAUAGUAAAAAGGAAAAGGAACUUGAAGAAGCAGUACCAAGUGAUAGAAUAGAUUUUUUGCUUCCGGAUGACAUUUUAGAAAUGUGCUUGGUGAGGCUUCCAUUGGCCAGUCUCAUGACUGCUCGCCUGGUCUGCAAGAAAUGGAGAUCUUUGACUACCACACCACGGUUUAUGCAAAUGAGGCAUGAAGGUUUGUAUCAGAGUCCAUGGUUAUUUCUGUUUGGUGUUGUAAAGGAUGGUUAUUGCAGUGGACAGAUACACGCUUUGGAUGUAGUUCUUGAUCAGUGGCAUCGAAUCGAUGCUGAUAUUCUGAAGGGGAAAUUUCUGUUCUCGGUUGUCAGUAUUGGGGAUGAAGUUUAUGUUGUUGGAGGUUGUUCUAGCUUGAACAACUUUGGAAAGGUUGAUAAGAGCUCAUUCAAGACACACAGAGGUGUAUUCAUAUUCAGCCCUAUAACCAGAUCGUUCCGCAAAGUAGCAUCUAUGAAACAUGAAAGGUCGGUUCCUGUUUUAGGUGUUUUUGAGGUCAGUUCUGAUUGCCCCAUCUUCCAAAGUUGGCAAGACCGGCAAGAUUGGCGCUUUCCCAGGUCACGGAUUGGUGGUAUAUCAAAUGUUUAUGAGGAUCCUCACAGGCUUUCGCUCAGACGACAACUCAGGGAUGCUUUCAAUGAAGAUGAAACUUUGUUGCAACCAAAGAGAAAGCCAUCCAUUAUUGCCAAACAAGGCAAUCGGCCCAACCUGGAUGGUUGUAAGAGGUUUAUUCUGAUUGCCGUAGGUGGUCUAGGAUCUUGGGAUGAGCCUCUGGAUUCUGGCGAGAUCUAUGAUCCAGUAUCAAACAAAUGGAUGGACAUCCCAAGGCUGCCCAGAGAUUUUGGUGUUCCUUGUUCUGGGGUUGUUUGUGAUGGGAAGUUUUAUGUUUAUUCUGAGACUGACAAGCUUGCCGCCUAUGACUUAGAAAGGGGUGUCUGGAUUGUUAUAAGGACUGCUCGGCCCCCUCCCCGUCUUCAUGAGUAUUGCCCAAAGCUCAUUUCUUGCAAUGGCAGGCUUUUCAUGCUCUCUGUCUCCUGGUGUGAAAGGGAUGGCCAGCUAGGUAGGAGAGAGAAAGCCAUUAGGAAACUGUGGGAGCUAGAUCUUAUGUUUCUUACAUGGACGGAGGUUUCUAGACAUCCUGAUGCACCCAUGGACUGGAAUGCUGCAUUUGUUGCAGAUAGGAACUGUAUAUUUGGGGUUGAGAUGUUCAAGAUAUUUGGUCAGGUGUUGGACUUCCUUACUGUUUUUGAUGUAUCAUAUGUGGGAUCUAAGUGGAGCCGUAUCUCCAGGAAGCAUGUGGCACAUGAACUGGAUGCUUCAUCUUGCAUAACCAAGUCAAUGGCAGUGCUACAUCUGUAGAGUACUUGGUCGAACUUUGUGACUCAUGAAGAAUGUUUGCGUUCUUAAGUGCUCGCACAAUGUCCUUUCUCACAUCAAAUUUUCUAUUUAGGCAUCUGUAUCUUGGUAUGCUUGUGGUUGCAAUUUCUGAUUCAAAUUCUUAAUAGAUGCAUUCUUUUCUCUUCCUUGCCUUCUCACGUAAAUUGAUCACCAAGAGUAGAAAUUGAUUCUGUUUCUGUAUGCCCUUUUAUUACAGUAAGUUUGUCUUCGCCAGUGCGGAACAUCUUUUUGGUUUUUAUUGCUUGUGAUUCAGUUUGUUGUUC